AUGGAUGGAUGGAGGCUGGGAUGUCGGACAGGGGGCUGGUCACACACCCAGUUCCUGGAUGAGCACAGCCCCUGGGAACCCAGCUGUCCACCAAAGCAGCCCCUGCCACACAGGGUCACCCUUCGCCGGGCAUCCUCCAGCAAGAGCCGCAAGGAGAAGGGCAGCAAUCGCCUGUCCAUGGGCAGCAGGGAGGUGUCAGAAGGUCCCGGCCGCCCCUCGGGGUCACCCUUCCUGCCCUUCUCCUGGUUCUCAGAUGGUGCCCGGGGCUCAGCCUCACCUGGAUCUGCAUCACCCACCGGCUCCCCCCGGCACGAUGGGCUCAGCCCUGCCAAAUCUGCCUCCCAGGACUCAACGCUGAGUGAGGACUCCCCACCGCCCAGCUCCAGCCCGCGUCUGCCUGGCCCUGCUGCCACCAAGUGCUCCUACCCCUACCACACGCUGUCACAGUCCUCGGACGAGUUCCUGGAUGAGCCCCCCGGCGCGGCCAUGGGGUGGACGUGCCACCAGGUCGGGCAGUGGCUGGAGAGCCUCAGCCUGGAGCAGUACGUGGAGGAGUUCUCAGCUCAUGGCAUCGAUGGCCCCCGGCUCCUGCAUCUCGAUGGGGCCAAGCUCAAGGUAGGGAACUGAGUGGGUUCCUACACCUCUGGGGGGG